CUCAAAGAUACAUUCCUUUUGGACCAAGCAGGCUAAACUGGCUGCCAACUGACACUUUGAAAAGACAAAUCUGCAGCAGCAUUUAAGAAUUCAACCUGUUUCAUGGUCCCAAACUUAUUCAUGGACAAAUUUGAAAUUCUUCUUCUACCUGCUUAGCAUGGCAUAUGUAUUAAAGACACUCAACAGAUGGUUCUGGUGGGAGAACUUGUGGAUACCUGCCAAUUGCACGUGGGCAGAUCUUGAAGACCAUGAUGGCAUUGUCUUUCCAAAGCCAUAUCAAUUAUAUGCCACAAUACCAUACGCUUUUGUGAUGCUGAUGGUCCGAUUCUUGAUAGAAAGAUAUAUUGCCAUACCUCUAGCAAAAGCUUUAGGUAUAAAGAAUGUAACACGAGUGAAGCCGCAGCCAAAUGCUAUUUUAGAGAAUUAUUUCCGAAAAUGCAGAAAACAUCCAUCCCAAUCUGAGAUGCAAGGCCUGGCCAAAAAGUGUAACUGGACAGUUCAUUUGGUGGAAAAGUGGUUUAGGAGACGGCGAAAUCUUGAGCUCCCAACGAUGCUUCGGAAAUUCCAGGAAGCUUGCUGGCGAUUUUCAUUUUAUCUCACAUCAUCCAUUGCUGGAUUUAUAUUUCUAUAUGAUAAACCUUGGUUUUAUGAUAUAUGGCAAGUGUGGGUUGGCUAUCCAUUUCAGUCCUUGCUAUCUUCCCAAUAUUGGUACUACAUGGCCGAGAUUAGUUUCUAUUGGUCUCUGUUGUUUACCCUUGGUACUGACAUCAAAAGGAAGGACUUUAUGGCCCAUGUCGUUCACCAUUUGGCAGCCAUUGUUUUGAUGGCCUGUUCUUGGUGCAGCAAUUACGUUCGUAUUGGGACCUUAGUGAUGAUUGUACAUGACACUGCAGACUUCUGGCUUGAGUCAGCCAAAAUGUUUAAUUACGCUCGUUGGGAAAAAACCUGCAAUACUCUCUUCGUCGUCUUCUCUGUCGUGUUCUUCAUCACACGGAUUAUCCUUUUCCCUUUUUGGAUUUUACGUGGCACAUUAUAUCUGCCUUCCUAUUACUCCCCAAAAAUCGUCAUAGCGUAUUUCAUCUUCAAUGGGCAGCUUCUAAUUCUGCAAGGGCUCCAUCUAUACUGGGGCUACUAUGUUCUCAAGAUUUUGAAUAAAUUCCUGUUCCUAAAGGACUUGAAAGACGACCGGAGUGAUGAAGAGGAGGAAGACUCCCUCACCGAUAAUGAGGAGUGCACAAAGAAUGGCAGCAAGAAUGGCUGUGGGUUGAGCAGACACCAACUCUUAAACAACAAUCAUUAGAUCCAAGCCUGCACCACCUCCUGCAGUGUGGCUUGCUGUGCCCUUAACCCAACCUACAGUAUAGAGCUUAAAGUCAACAGGCUUACAAGAGUGUGUGAUUGAUUUAUUGCUGGUUACUAGACCUGGAAGGAAGCCCAUUUUAGAAAGGGGCGGGGGGGACUGCUUAACGUGACAAAAUGUGUUAAUGACCAGCUUUCUGAAUUAUUGCAUACAAGUGUGUGAAAAACAUACCUAGAAUCUGUAAAUCACUCUUGAAAUGCUCAAGAAUUUCAAAACGAUCUCAGAACAUUUAAAAUCUAAUGGGUUUAGGCAUACAUUGCAAAUCUGAGAAAAGCCAGGCAACUUUACCCGAUAAUUUUAGUGGCAUUUCCAUAUAUUUUUAGAAGAGUAUAGCUGAUAUGAACCCCAUUAAAGAUCAGAAUUGCGAGAGAAAUCCAGAACACUAGGAUAUAUUAUCUAGCAUUUUACGCAUCCUGUUUGCUUUUCAGCCCUUAGCACUGGGCUGCUGCUUGUGAAUUACAACUAAUUCCCAUGUGGCUGGGGGCAGCUAGUAAGUAGGCUCUAGGGCUAUUAUUCAAGUUUAUUGUUUGUGCCUCCCUGAAAUGCCUCCUUCACUUAAAGAAGCAAUUGUUAGAUCCUUGCUCAAAAAAUCCGUUCUUUGAAAUGGCAGAUAAUCUCUCCAAAUAUCACCCAUCUCAGGUCUUCUAUUUUAGGAGAAGGUUUUCAAGAAAGUGGUGGCAAAAAAAAAAAUAAAUAAAUCUCAUUCAUGAGUAGGGGUUGUAACCUUUUUGAGACUGGAUUACUGUACUGAGUUCUGCAGGAGGCGACACUGUCAAACCACUCAGAGAUCGCAGCUAGUGCAGGAUGCAAUGGCCGACUCCAGUCAUUGGAGUCUUGCAUAAAAAGAGCACUUGAGCUCCGAGCUUUCCAACCCUCUGGCCACCGACCACCUUCCAGGCGAAGUUUCAGGUGUUUUUGACUUAUAAAGCCCUAGAGACAACUUCUGCCCAUGUGGUUCUGCAGCCCUUGAAGUGAUCUGAUUCACUCAAGCUAACAGCUCAGGAGAGACAAAAGGGGCUACUAGCACGGGGUCCUCAUUGAGAGGCUGUUGACUUUAAUACUCUUCUCCCCGUUCUGGCUGCAAGAGCCUGAAUCUGGUGACCUAUAGGGCACGCUGCAGAAUUCACUUGUUUUCCCAGGCUUACCUUGGAAGAGGGAAGGAUGAGUGAGGGGCUGGAGGAUUUGCUGGGAUGAGAAAUGCUGCUAGGGGCUUGGGACUCACGUUUUGUGUUAUAAUAAGCUAUGGGAGUGGUCUCUUAUGGGGAGUAGAAAUUGGGGGAUGGUCUGCCUGUGGUCUUUUGGACCUAUGAAACUGUAUUUAAUUUUUGAGGGGAGGAGGAGAGAGUAGAGUGCCAUGAGCAGUGGAUGAUGCUUUAUUAUAAAUAAAUGGAAUUAUACUAGAGAAGGAAUCUGGCCUAGUGUGUUCUGGAAAGAGCAGGAAGCAUACAAGGAAAAACACCAGUCGUUGGGAUAGUCAGUACUAUAUUUUAUUCUCGCCAAUGCUUGCACUGCUUGGGGUGAGUUGCCAGUUAUCUCAAUCUCUGCAGUAUUCCCUUGUACUUACUUACUGUAGGAAAUAUCCUGAAUGCUGCAAGAGAUUGUAUCUCACUGCCAGUACUUAACUCACCACCAGCAGCUGGCAAGUGUUUCUGGGCCAUCCUUGCUUAUAAAUGCUUGCGUCUAAUAAUUUAAAUGCAUUAAAAUGGCUCUUUUCAGCAAAAUGUGAACAUAGGAAGUCCAGCAACAAACAGGCUAUAUGUUCCUUUAUAAGAGCAGUGGAUAUAUAGUAAUAUAUUCUACAAAUGUUGAGUGAUUCUGGGAGAUAGCCAGUGCAUAUUUUUAAAUUUUGAUUCCAAAAAUAUUUUCUGAUAUGAAAAAGAGAGGAACCCAUAUUAAGAAAGAGAGAAUACUAAACUCUUCCAGGGAGUGAGCCUGAAUUUAUAAUGCAAGUUGUUGCCAACUCUUGCCAUUCUUGCUUGGGCAAAAUUUCCAUCGAAAUCGUUAGAAGUUCCUGGGAAUUUUGUCUGGGUCAGAAUUCUGGACUGCUCCUUAAUGCAUAUCUCCGAACUGUCCCUUGUUAGAAGGGAUAUUCCCCACAUUAGCCCCAAAUAUGCCUCUUCCCCACUCUCAACUUGCUUCAUAUCCUGCAAAUUGUUAACAGGAAUAUUGAAGCAAGAAGCUGGCCUUAUAAAGAAUGUGAUCCAUGCUAACGAAAUUAAUUUCACAUUGCUUCAAGAUCCUUGUCCUGUCUUUUCCAUGUCCCUUGGUUUGGAUCUUUGUACCACAGUGUGCUCUGCAUUUGGACCUGAGCAGGUUGAGAGGUCUGAAGUAAUGGAGUUUAACCAGUUGAAGUUGUGAAGAUGACUUUGCUAUGACCUGUUGACCAUAUCAGAAUAUGAACAGUCAGCAAUACUAUAGCCUUGGGGUAAAAUCCUGGCCCCACUGAAGUCAAUGGGAGCUUUGACAUUGACUUCAGUGGAGUCCGGAUUUCACCCCCAGUCUAAAGUCAAUGGUGCCACGAAUUCACCAUUUGUAUUUAUGAAAAAUGUCUAUUAUGCUGCUUCUAUACCAGUGAUUUAGACAGAUAAAAUAGAUUAUCUAGCUAUCGGAUUAUCUAUUAUCCCACUUUGGACCAGAGCUGUUGACUUCAUGGGACUCAUUGGUAAUUAGUCUUUAUCAUGCCCUUUUGUAUGAUCGCCAUUUUUAUACUUCAUGUCACUACUUUUGCCUUGUCAUACAUGUUGCAAUCUAUAAAUAAACCUUUUAAAAAUGUCUCCAAGUUUGAAAUGCUCUUGGAUCAUUGUUCGACUACCACCAUUGGCCACUGUGAGGAGCAGUUUUCAUUGAGAUUAUUCAGAAAUCUCAAAAGUAAAUUGCGCUGUUGAAUUCUACAGCUGUGUGCGCGUGUGCGCAUGCCUCU